UCAAGCCCGCUGAUUGGACGGCUGUUUAAGUAAACAAAGCGGAAGAUGAGCUCCACACUGAGGUGGUGAAAAUACUCCCUCUUCGCUCCGAAAACCGGAACGAUUCGUUUUUUUAUCUUGGGUUUGUUACAAAUCGUGAUGAGAUGUCAUUGCUUAUCCCGUUCACCCGCUGCUUGCUGACAGUAACCGGGCGGCUGGCGCGGAGAUCUGCUCCGGGUCUCCCCCCGCUGACCCCGCCUGCGCCCUCAUGGGUUGCGGCUGCUGGUAAGAAGGAGCUCCCGGAUCUUCCGGUGCUCCUGGAGGAGGAGCUGGAGGAGCAGUUUGUGAGGGGAUCUGGGCCUGGAGGUCAAGCUACUAACAAAACCAGCAACUGUGUGGUGCUCAAACACAUCCCCACCGGGAUUGUUGUGAAGUGUCACCAGACAAGAUCUGUGGAUAUAAACCGAAAGCGCGCCCGGGAAAUAAUGAGGGAGAGGCUUGAUGUGGCAUAUAAGGGAGAACUGAGCGAAGUGAUGGUAAAGAAGAAAGAAUCUGAAUUGAGGAAACAAGAAAAACGAAAGAGGGUGAAUGAGAACUUGGAGCGGAAAAGACUUUUAAAAAAAACCUUGGCUGCAGACAGACAUAUACACAAUAAACCUGAAGAUGAUGCAGUUUAAUGUUUAUGUGGAGAGCGAAAUGUAUUUUAAUUUUCUUGUAAAAAUCACAAUAAAUUAUUUCUAAAGAUUUGUAAAACA